GUGGCUGCUGGAAGGAAGGUUUCCAACAUAUGGUCCUGUAACAGUGCUAAAUGCCAGUGCUGACUUGUCUGCCAUGGUGAAGGAGUAUCAUACACUUAAGGCCUGCUUGGCUGGGACAGCAGACAAAAGCUGAUGGAUGGUGGUAAACAAGAGCAGACCUGGAGCCCAAUAGCAAGAUAGUAAAGUAUCUUCUGUAGGUGUGCAGUGGUGUUGGCAGGAUUGCUGUGGACAUGGCCACCAGGACUGUACAUCAGCUGUCCUCCUCAGAUGAAGACUCAGAGGACAGCUUCCCUGACCUUGGAGUGCGAGUUAAGUCUCUAAAGAGAAGGGAAUCUGGGGAAAGACUGGAACCAGAGGCAGUGGACCUGACCCUCAGCAGUGACACUGAGGAUGUGGUAGAGAUGCUUGAUGAGCAGCCAGAGGAAUAUCUUUCUACACCCAUGUGCAAAGCUCCACGUCUCAGUGAGGAGGAGCCACUUGCAGCAUCAUAUCUCAUUGAGGAGGAGCCAUCAGCUGCACCAUGUCUCAUUGAGGAGGAGCCACUCGAAGCAUCAUAUCUCAUUGAGGAGGAGCCACCUACUGCACCAUGUCUCAGUGAUGAAGACCCGUUUGAUGCACCAUGUCUCAGUGAUGAGGGGCCGCUUGUAGCACCAUGUCUUAGUGACAAGGAGCCACAACUCCAUAAGGUCAACCUCCCACAAUCCUCAGGAAGUCAGCAGGCUGUCAAAAAACCCAGAAAAGCAACAUCAAAAGAGGAACGAGAAGCAGCAAGACAGCGGCGUGAAGAAAAGAAUCAGUGGCAGGAGGAAGCAAAACAGCGGCGUGCAGCAGAGAAGCACCAACGUGCCCUUGAAAAGGAAGCAGCCAAGGCAAGGCGAGAGGAGAACAAAUGUAUGAGUCGUGCCCAGAAGCCUGGGGAGUGUCUCAAGCUGCUGGUGGUGGAGUUGGAGCGGAGGCUAGUGGAGGCCAGGGAAGGUGGCCUUGUGCUCAGCCAGCUUCAGGAGGCAGGGGUGUCCUGCAGAGUGGUGGAUGGCCCAGUGGCAGCCUCAGUGACCUUCUUCAGAGCCAAUCCACUUUCUGGGAAGGAGAGCCAAGCAGAUGAGGCAGCACUGGUGGUGAUGAGAAUUGAGGACUUUGUCUCUGCUGUGGGCAAGCAGAUGCAUGGCUGGGAUGGAGAGGCAGGACUCUGUGACUUGUGUAGGCAGUGGCAGGCAACCCUUGGCACCCCACACCUGUCACUAGUGGUCUGUGGAGUGGAAGAAUACUUCAGAAAGCAGAAAAAUGCUAAACAACAGCAUGUGCGGUCAGCAGUGCUAGGAGCAAGGCAGCAUGGUGGCUCCUCUUUCCAGCACAUCAACAGAGUGGAUAUGGAGACAGCCUUGGUGAUGGCUCAGAUGGAGUUCAGAGUCAACCACCGACUGUUGUCUGAUGGGGGGAAGGUGGCCCUGUAUGUGCUGCAGGUGGCCAAGGCUGUGGCUGAGGCACCUUACAAGCGCGAGAAGAGCGAGGCGCUGUUUUCCUGGUAUGCAGAGGGCAGCAGCACCAACAGCGUAAAGGUGGACAAGAACGGCGUGGGGCUGUACAAAUUGUGGCUGCAGCAACUGCGGCAAUUCACCCACGUCGGGGUGGAGAUGGCGCAGGCUGUGGCCAGCCGCUACCCUUCUCCCCAGGCCCUGGUGCAGGCGUACCGUCAGUGUGGCAGCCAGCGCGAGGCGGAGCUCCUGCUGGCUGACCUGAGGGUGCGGCGUGGGGUAGGGCCGCUCGCCUCCGAGAAGAGAGUUGGCCCCGAAUUCUCCAGGAAGAUACACCUGUUCCUCACCUCUAGGGACCCAGACGCACACCUCGCCAACACCUGAUACACCUCUCCCUUUAAACACCUGACUCGCCCCUCACACGCCUGUCCUUCAUCUACACACCUGAUAAUCACCUCUUCCGUAACGUCACGACUUCCAGUGACUAUACUCUCACUCUCUUUCCUCUUACCUGAUACCCUUCUCGGCCUCUUCCUGUCAAAAGGUGUAAACAGCCUAACAUAAAGAUGUUCUCUGUCUCAAGUCAAAACUCACCAUUCUGUAGUAAUUUAAUGCUGUAAAUGUAUGUAUGAUUGUGUUGAUAUACGAGUAUUAAUGUAAUCAACUUGCUGUCAGUGAGGAGCGAUAACGUAUUUUUUAUAUCUAAAUUUAACAGUCAAUACUUAUUAAAUAAAGGCUGUGAUUUUU